UCUCUCUCUCUCUCUCUCUCUUUCUCUUUCUACCUCUCUCUCCCCCUCUCUCUCUCUCUCUUACUCACUCACACACUCACACACACACACACACACACUCACACACACACAGGCCGCUGCUGUCGCUUUGAUCUUCCCUUAACAACAGUGCACGUCACAGGCUGCAUCGCACAGAAAGGGAGUUUUGUCAGGCGGAACGCGGCGCGAGACUUGUUCAGUGGCUUGCGAGCAGCACAGACGGCGAGAGCGGCAUCAGCACAAACCUCCGUCCUUGCCGAAAAAAGAAGACAUUUUUCUCUCCUCAACUUUUUUCUUCCUCCGUGCCAAAGUCAGCGCCGAAGCCAUGGAGCACCAGCUGUUCUGCUGCGAGGUGGAUACCAUAAGAAGAGCUUACCACGACGCCAACUUGUUGAAUGAUCGAGUUUUACAGACAAUGCUCAAAGCGGAGGAAAACUAUCUCCCCUCGCCCAAUUAUUUCAAAUGCGUGCAGAAAGAAAUUGUACCCAAAAUGAGGAAAAUCGUCGCCACAUGGAUGCUAGAGGUGUGCGAAGAACAGAAAUGUGAAGAGGAGGUUUUCCCUUUGGCCAUGAACUACUUGGACAGGUUUCUGUCUGUUGAACACACUAAAAAGACGCGACUGCAGCUGCUGGGAGCCGCCUGCAUGUUCUUGGCCUCCAAAAUGAAGGAAACCGUGCCAUUAACAGCUGAGAAGCUUUGCAUAUACACAGACAACUCCAUCCGCCCCUGCGAACUAUUGCAAAUGGAGCUGCUUGUACUGAAUAAGCUGAAGUGGGAUCUAGCCUCGGUGACACCACACGACUUCAUUGAACAUUUUCUCACCAAACUGCCCAUUCAUCAGAGCGCCAAGCAGAUCCUGCGCAAACACGCACAGACGUUUGUGGCUCUCUGUGCAACAGAUGUCAACUUCAUCGCAAGCCCCCCCUCGAUGAUCGCGGCAGGAAGUGUUGCCGCGGCUGUGCAGGGACUCUACUUGAAGGGUGCCGACAGUUCUUUAUCCUCCCAGAACCUCACCAACUACCUGUCCCAAGUUAUCAGGAGUGACCCAGACUGUCUUCGAUCGUGCCAGGAGCAGAUCGAAUCUCUGCUGGAGUCCAGUCUGAGGCAGGCGCAGCAGCAAAGCAAUUCCACAGAAAGCAAACGCGUGGAGGAGGACGUGGAUCUCUCCUGCACUCCAACAGACGUCAGGGACAUUAACAUCUGAAGGUGCCGGCCUUCGUCUAGAGUCUUGUUUUUUCAUUGGGGUAAUGGGCUUUGACCAUAGGCUUCAUGGGACUAGAGGGCACACAGCCCCCGCACCACCAGAGCCCACACAGACACCUCGACCAAUCCUAAUCAGUCCCUCAGAGUGCCCUCGCUGUUGACCCCUCAGUGGCACCCCCAGUGCCUUCACGAUUGGGCUGUUGCUGGCCAGGACCACCAGAAGAGGACAAGGGAAGGAUAAAAACCUUGAUCAUCCCUUCCACAUUGCUUAUUUCUCUCUUUUUCGAACCCUCUUCACAUAACUUGAGUCAAAAAAAGACAAAAAAUGUAUAGUUAAUCUAGGAUUUUUUAAAUUGCAACAGCUGCAUAUAUUAUUUAUGUAGUUGGUACUUGUCUAAUGUACAGACAAGGAAAUAGGUUGGUAAUUUUAUUUCAAGUGUAUCAAUAACCAUUAUUUGAAAGAGAAGAGGCAUUAUUUUUGUUUCAUUUUAUCUCUUUCUUUUAGCUAUGUCACACAUGCUAACAGUCACCCCAGCCAUUUCUUUUUUUUUUUUUUUUUUUUUUUUGCAGUCUAGGCAUGUGUAUGUAUCCCCGCUUGCUUAUGCGUUUAGUCACUUUAUUCUAUUGUCUAGACUUUUAAAAUCCCUAACAUGUUUCUUUUUCUUUCAAAAUGGCUUGUGUAACCCUAGUAUAUUUUGUUAAGCAUGUGUUAUUCUAUGUUAUGAUUUAGAGGCCUGUGGAUUGCCAAAGCUAAGGCUUUAACUUAACACCAGACAGAACCAUUUCCAUUUUCCCCCAUUUCUUUGUUUUUUUUUUUUUUUUUUUUGAUUGUCCUCACUGCCAAUGCCAUCACUGGUUGUGACACAAUAAGCUUCUCUCCUACCCGCUUCCUAUGUUACAUUCGCAGUGCAAUCCACAGUCUACUUUCUGUUUAGAUUUAUGUAUUAUAAUCUAAAACCAUUCCAUUUAAAAAAAAAAAAGCACUUUCAGUUCGUCUUGUAAGGCUGACUUAUGAAAAAAAAAUCCACAUUUGUAAAACAAAACUGAAAAAAAAAAAACUUGGAAUGGAGUAGGAUUUGACGACAGGUUUAUUUCCUGUCUGCAGCAUGGAGCAGGUCUCUUUAUGGUGUUAUAGUUUAGAGAGAGAGAGAGAAACGGAGAGUUGGAAAAGAAAUGGAUUCUCAGAAUAGUAGAGGAGCAUUACAGCAACCGCCACUAUCCGACUGGCUGAGAUGGAUGCUGGAGAACGUUGAGGUGCUCUCAAGCCUGCCACCGUUCAGUUCCAGGUGCAUUGAUGCAUUUAAAACACUAAAGUUAAAAAAAAAAAAAAAAAAAAAAAAAGCUAUAUCAAAGAUUGAGAACUAUUUAUUUUGUUCUAUUCCCCCUCGUAUAAGGCCAGUAUGGAAUGCAACAACAGGAUGCCUGAAUUUUGAAGUGUGCUCAAUGCACGACUGUUUGCUACCUUGUGUGAAAUGGAGAAGCCCCAUAGUUAUUGUUCAGAGCUGACAAACUCUGGAUGAGAAACAAACAAACAAAAAAAAAAAACAGAAUUACAAGAGAAAACAAAGUGCUGUGGCCUCUAGAAGAUUUUGCACAAACCCCAAGAUGUAAUGUCUUUUCUCAACUUUCGGUGGAGGAGAAAACAGGGACGAAGGGGGACGUUAGAGGUGGCAGAGUGAGACGUUAAAAGGGGUGACGCCUGGACAUCAGAAAGUAACUGCAGAACUAAACUAAGGUGUUUGUACAAUGAGAAAAGAAGAGAACACGGGAGCACACACUCCUCAUAUUUAGCUGCUAUGGUGGGAUUUCCGGCAAGUAUGAAACUUUGAAUGAAAAAAAAAAAAAAAACAAAAAAGAAAAAAAAAAGGAAAAGACAUGCUUUGUUCUCUUGUCUUGUUUUGCUGCUAUUUUUGGUUUUGUCUAUGUAUAAUGUCAAUAUACUGCCAUAGGUUUUUAAUUUUCUCAUAGAAAAUUAUGAUAUUGACAUCUGUUUCUUUUGGUAGUUUUUUAUGUGAUCAGUUUUUAUUAAUGUGAUUUCUGCGCUAUUCCAAAAAAGAGGAAAAAAAGAAAAAAAUAGACAAAUGUUCCUGUUUUACCCACAAUACCUCAACCAGUCAUGAUUUAGUAAUGAUGAUUUUUUUUUUUUCCUCAGUUCUGUCUUUUGUUUUACUUCAUUAUUCAGUGUCUGCUGGUCUGGUAAUUGGACACCCAUUAUACAUUACAUUCUCCUUCUGGGUCCUGAUAUGAGCAAAAAUAAAUAAAUAAAUAAAAAUUUAGCAUUAAAGCUAAAGAAAAGCAUUAAAUGAAAUUGGUGCCAUAAACAGCUUGAUUAUAUAACUCAUAUGAGUUUUUAACUGUUUCAUUAAAAGAGACUUUUAUGCCCCUGCCUUUAGGCCCCUUUGUGGCCUGGUCUAAAUGUAUUUAUGAAGCUUUUGUUCAAAUUGAAAGCAGAUAUGAAUUUGUGAAUUUUACAAAGCCAUAGUAUUGUAGUAAUUUAACAUGGAUCCCAUGUCAGAAGCUGGAUAUGUUGCUUUGAACACAGGAAGCUUGGCAUGUUAACAUCACAUGUGUCAAUAUCACAAUAAAUGGCAUGUAGAUGCAA